AUACCCAUUGUGCUAUAUGACCAGAUUGGUAAUGGCACCUCAAGCCAUGUAAAGGAUGUUUCCAAAGAAUUCUGGAAGCCUGAGUUGUUCAGGGAUGAAUUGGACAUCCUCCUCACAUAUUUAGGUAUUUCUGACAGGUUCGAUCUGUUAGGCCAUUCCUGGGGAGAUACACAAAUGCUGGCAGAACAUUAUGUGGCUGCAUGGGUGCCUAACGGAUUGAGGCGGCUCAUCAUCACCAACACUCCGGCUUCAGCAGACUUGUUUGAACAAUGCACCAAUGCCCUUUGGAACAAUUCCAGGUGA